GUUUGACAGUGAGUUGACUCAGGCUCUGGAGGAAGCUGAAAACGAGAGAGAGCAGAAGGACAAAGCCUGUCAGGAGAACGCAGCUCUGGGGUCUGAGGUCUACAGUCUGCGCCGCAGCCUUCAGGAGAGCCAGGCAGAGGUGGGCCGUCUGCAGAAGCAGAAGGACGAGCUGUGCGCUCAGAUCCGUGACCUCAGCCUGCCCGUCGAUCUCGCCUCCGAUUCGCUGCCCGACCUCAAGAAACAGCUUCGCCUCCUGGAGAGUCAGGCCAGCGAGAGAGCGCAGGAAGUCGCCACGCUCACCGCCAAAAUACAGCAGCAGCAACAGAUCCACAUGCGCUUUGAGAUGGAGAUGGAGAGGAUGAAGCAGAUGCAUCAGAAGGAGCUGGAGGAUAAAGAAGAGGAGCUGGAGGACGUGCACAAGUCCUCUCAGAGACGGGUACGUCAACGCAGAACAAGUCCUCAUCAAUGUGCCAUUCAGAGCUGA